AUGACGGUGGAAGCAGAUAAAGAAGCAGAAGGGAAAAAAGACAGCAUAGCAGCUGUUGGAAAGUUCAAUAGCAAUGUUCCUGAUCUUCAAGUCUUUAGUUAUGCUGAUAUUGAUGAGCCUACAAACAAAUUUGCAUUUGAAAAUAAGCUAGGAGAGGGUGGUUAUGGUCCCGUUUACAAGGGUAUACUAGCAAACGGAGAGGAAAUAGCAAUUAAAAAACUUUCAAAAGCUUCCACACAGGGAUUUGAGGAGUUCAAGAAUGAAGUUACACUCGCAGCAAAACUACAACAUGUUAAUCUUGUGAGAGUUUUGGGAUUUUGCAUUGAAAGGAAUGAACAAAUGCUGAUCUAUGAGUACAUGCCUAACAAAAGCUUGGACUUCUACCUCUUUGAUCUUGCUAGACAAUCUCUUUUGGAUUGGAGAAAACGAGUUGAUAUCAUCGAAGGGAUUACUCAAGGUCUUCUAUAUCUCCAAGAAUACUCACGAUUUACAAUCAUUCAUCGAGACCUCAAAGCUUGUAACAUUUUACUUGACAUCGAAAUGAAACCUAAGAUUUCAGAUUUUGGUAUGGCUAAAAUUUUCAUGAAAGAUGAACAUGAAGCAAAUACAGGCCGAAUUGUUGGAACAUAUUAA